AAAAUGAGUGGAGAGGUUGGCCAAAUACGAGGUAGGAGGAAAACGUGGUGUUGGGAUAGAGAAGCGAAAGAAACCAAACCACAAUGAAAUAAAAAGCCCCUUUUGUAGAACAGUGAUACAUUCGCUUUCUAUUUCUUCCUCAUCUCGUACGUUUCGUGGAUCCUUACUCAACGCAACACAACACAACACAGUAGAAAAAUUAUGAGUUCCAAAGGUGUUGGUGAAGAUUGCCUGGGAUGGGCAGCAAGAGAUGCAUCCGGAGUUCUAUCACCUUACAAAUUCAGUCGCAGGACUCCUGGGAAUGAAGAUGUUCUUAUUAAAAUUACACACUGUGGUGUUUGCUUCGCCGAUGUAGUUUGGACAAGGAAUAAACAUGGUGACUCAAAGUAUCCUGUUGUGCCUGGUCACGAGAUUGCUGGGAUUGUGACAAAGGUUGGCUCCAAUGUCCACCGUUUUAAGGUUGGUGACCAUGUUGGAGUGGGGACUUAUGUCAACUCAUGUAGGGAUUGUGAACAUUGUAAUGACAGAGAAGAAGUUCAUUGUACCAAGGGAUCUGUUUUCACUUUUAAUGGUGUUGAUUUUGAUGGUACAAUUACAAAAGGAGGAUACUCCAGUUACAUAGUAGUCCAUGAGAGGUACUGCUUCACGAUACCAAAAUCCUAUGCAUUGGCUUCAGCAGCUCCUUUGCUUUGUGCUGGAAUUACAGUUUAUUCACCGAUGGUGCGCCACAAGAUGAAUCAACCUGGUAAAUCUCUUGGAGUGAUUGGUCUUGGUGGCCUCGGUCAUAUGGCAGUGAAAUUUGGAAAGGCAUUUGGUUUGAGUGUGACAGUUUUCAGCACUAGCAUAUCCAAGAAAGAGGAGGCACUGAGCCUGCUUGGUGCAGACAAAUUUGUUGUUUCAUCUAAUCAAGAGGAAAUGACGGCAUUGGCUAAAUCGUUGGACUUUAUAAUCGACACAGCAUCUGGUGAUCACCCGUUUGAUCCUUACAUGUCACUGUUGAAGACAUAUGGUGUUUUUGUCCUAGUUGGUUUCCCUAGUCAAGUCAAAUUCAGCCCUGCAAGCCUUAAUAUAGGAUCAAAGACUGUAGCCGGAAGUGUUACAGGUGGUACAAAAGAUAUACAGGAGAUGAUUGACUUCUGUGCUGCAAACGAGAUUCACCCAAAUAUAGAGGUAAUUCCAAUCGAGUAUGCCAAUGAAGCUCUUGAGAGGCUCAUCAAUAGGGACGUCAAGUACCGGUUUGUGAUAGAUAUUGAGAACUCCCUGAAAGAAAAAUAAGUUGUACUUUGUUGCCUCCUAAAUUGGACAUGAUUGGACUUCACCUUGUUCGAUAAACAAGAUGUUCAUAGUUCAUAAUUACUUACAUAGAGGUGAUUUCAAUGGAGUAUGCGAUGUAAAUGUUGAAUUUUCCUUAAUUAUUUUGGGAACUAAUAUUAUUUGACUAUUAUAAUAUUUUGGAUUAUGAAAUAAUAAUAAUUAUGGAAAUUAAUAGUGUUA